UUAAAAACCAAUGCACACGUUGGUGGGAUAACGUGGGAGCAGGCAAGCAGCGAUGUUAACCGCCGCCCUCAUAGGGCAUGUAUACUGGCUUCCGAAUACCUCGGAGUCCCGGGGCACAAGUGUCAACGGUGGAAAACUCAAUCACCCAGUUCUGGUCCUCGGGGCUGAAAGGGAGGGGAAAGUCCAAGUCCUUCUGAUAACAUCCUUUGGCAACACAACCCUCUCCGUCAGGUUCCCGAACCCGACUGAUCAACUACGAAGAAAAUAUCUGCCCCUCAAAGUAUCUGGGGCAGCCCCACAUCCCGAUAAUGGCAUCCUAUUAUCAGUUAUCGCAAGAGGAGAGCCACCGCUAUUGACCAAACAAUCCUAUGUCAAUUUGGAGCCAUUCGAGGUCGAAGUGCGCCUUCUGGAUUCGCGCCACGGAUCGACCUGCUCAUUGCCAGAUGAUAUGCUGGGGUUGUUGAUGAAGAAAUUGCGCGAGUUGCGUCCCACCUUCAGUGUCCACCAAGAGAGAAGGGUUGUCGCUAGCAGUUCGAGCCCAGCGAAAAGACAACCACCCGCCCCACCACGCCAAACAACUCCCGCAAUUCAACACCACAUACCUCCCCCACCACGCCAAGCAACUCCCGCAACUCGACACCAACCACCUCUCGCAGCUCGCCCCCCACCACCACUCCGCUCACCAGUUCCAACCCAACAACACCCUCUGCUAUCGCCACAAAGAACAUACAGCAGUCCUUACGGUACGACAGCACCAUGGCAAGAUUUUGGUCAAGAUCUCGAAAGGAAUGCACCACGACAAUCUCGAUAUACGAGGACAGUGGAUCACCACGAUUCGGGGGCAGAGCUAGAUUGUUCGGUUGUAUGGGAUAUAUUGGGGUAUUUGGGGAUUGCCGUGGCGGUUUUCGUUUCUGUGAGGUACCUCUUCAGCUAGGAAUGGGUGACGUUGGAUCCGGAUUCUUCAUUCUCUUAGGGGAGGUUUUUUCAUAUUUUUAUUUUUUUCUUUCUGGUUAGCGAUUUGUUAGGAGAACUGCAACAGAGGGCCAUUAUUUAAGGACCGGGUUUAGAUAUGAUUCAUUGUUACAUCCAAGUUAAAAUACCUCCUCACCGCAAAUUAUUACCGCCAUUAUCGAUUCCG